UCAAAAAGUGCUUCCGCUACUUUGUCAAAUGCCCCUUAGUUUUCCUUUUCAUUUCUUUUUCUCGUAGAAAUGCCACCUAAAAAGCCAACCGAGAAAUCCGCAAAGCCUGGCGAUAAGAAGCCAGAGCAGAAGAAGGCCGCUGCGGCGGCACCUGGUGCUGCCAAGAAGGAGGCACCAGCUGCAGCUAAGCCAGCUGCAGCUGCUGCACCCAAAAAGGCAGCUGCGCCCGCUAAGAAGCCCGCUACUGCUGCUGGUGCUGCCAAGAAGCCAGCUGCUGCCGCUGCUAAGAAGCCCGCCCUGAAGAAGCCAGUCACCAAGCCAAAGGCCAAGGAUCUGAAGAAGAAACUGGGCGCUGGCAAGAAACCCCAAUCUGUGCUGGCCAAGCUCUCAGCCAAGGCACGUGCCGCCGCUAAGGGUAAGAAACCCGUUGGCAAGGCUGGCGCUAAGCCCGCUAAGGGUACUGCCAAGGCUAAGGCUGUUGCCUUGCUGACCGCCAAGAAGGUUCAGACCAAGAUCAUCAAGGGCGCCUUCGGCACACGCACUCGCAAGAUUCGCACCAAUGUGCACUUCCGUCGUCCCACAACGUUGAAGCUGCCACGCAAUCCUAAAUAUCCAAGGAAAUCGGUGCCAACCAGGAAUCGCAUGGAUGCUUACAACAUCAUCAAAUAUCCAUUGACCACGGAAGCAGCGAUGAAGAAGAUUGAGGAUAAUAACACUCUGGUCUUCCUCACGCAUCUGCGCGCCAACAAGAACCACGUGCGUGCCGCAGUGCGCAAGCUCUACGACAUUAAGGUGGCUAAGGUUAACAUUCUGAUCCGACCCGAUGGUCAGAAGAAGGCUUAUGUGCGCCUGGCGCGUGACUACGAUGCUCUGGAUAUCGCCAACAAGAUCGGCAUCAUAUAAACAAGCGAAAAAAGGGAAACGGGCAUCGCGUUUUACACCUUCACAAUAGAUUUUUCAUUCUAUUAAACAAAAUAAUCACUAAGCUGACAGAAAAACUAGAGCGAGGAUGAACGUUUCAAUGUUGUGUCUGGGUAUAAUAAAAAAAACAACAAAAAGAAGAAAA